GCUGAAUUUUUUUUGCAGCACGUCUGGCCGAGCCUUUCUCUCGCUCCUAUCGAGUUGAGUCGUGGUCCUGUCUCAGCUGGUCUUCAACACGACCUCCGUGUGAGCCGACCCGAAAACCAAUUCAGCCAGCACUUUCUUUUUACAACAUCAUUCAACCCGGUGGGCUUUACACCGAGAUUUUUUCAAACAGGCGAGGCCUCUUCGCUUCAACUACAUCAAACACGCGUCUUUCAUCUUCCUCUUUCUAUGUGACGCCAGCAACACUUCUACCAACGAGCGUCUCCAAUCAGAAACAUCAAGAACCUUCACAUGAGUAAAGAACUUCAGAAAACCUCCACCCAUCACUGCACAGCGUGGAAACAAGACUAACACGACCAAUCGACAAGAAGAAUAUAUUAAUUUCAGGAACAACUACAACACCUCCGUCCAUCGCAACCCCGCACCUUCGUGCUACUCUCCAGUGCCCUAGAAGAUGAGCAGCUCACCGGGCCGCGAAAACAUCUUGGACACGCCAGAGAGCGCGGAGUUGACUCUGGUGGACAGUCUGCUGCAAGCGGAAAACAUUUACGAGAAUUUGGAAACCACGACAGCCGCGGACAGCGAGCUGGCUAAGAAGCAAAACACAGCGAAAAUAAAUCCACCCGCUACUUCUGCCAUGGACACCCACAAGCAGAACGAUAUGCAGCCCAAGGUGGACGAAAGUAUAAACAAAAAUCCGAAGCAAGCGCAUAAUCAGCAGCACACCAGUCCUGCCCGAACGCAAGGCUUUUUGAACACGGCGAAGCAGUUGGAAAUCAGAGAAAAGACGCCCUACAGUAAAGGUGGAAAGAACAAUGCCAAGGCUGCGAGGCGCAUGGGGGAGCAGAGGGUAGGCAGCGGAACGGGAAGCGAAUCCAUCGUCCGGACUGGAUCGUUCGCGACGGCCGUCGAUGCCGAAUCCGACAUGGAACACGAGAGCGCCGAGGAACACGCGAGCCCGGAACUGGGCAGGAAGGAAAAAAAUAACAGUACUAAAAUCGUCCCGCCGCAGAAGAAACCCAAUAAGAAGCAACCUGCAGUUCUUGGCGAUAGUGGCAUUAACAGUAGCAGUGAGGACAGAGACUACUCCUCGAGUAGCAGUCCAGGUAGCGAGAGCUGCAACAGCAAGUCUUACAACAACAGUAGUUCUUCCUACAGUACUAGCGGGAAGAAUCGAUACAACAAUUAUGACAAUUGUAGCAGCGACGUCUUCAGCAAAUCGCACCGGAAGAUGA